AUGAAGUCCUACGCUUUUGGCCUCUGCGCCACCCUUGCUCUCUCCGCGCCUUCCGCAGCCUUCCUGAUUCCCUCGACCGUCGACGGCAUCCUCCCCAACCGCGAGUUCAACCUCGUCGACACAUCGUCGCAGCUGCUGACUCUCGACUGCCCCGGCUGCCCGUUUGCCGGCUCAUCCGACGAGGACCUGGUGUGGGUGCAGGGGAUUGAGAACUCGCUGCUGCUGAACUUCUCCGUCGUCGACAGCCACAAGGUCGAACUGAAUGGCGUUCCUCUCUACCCGCCUGCGUUCGACACUAUUCCUCAGCCGAUUCCUGUCUACCAGGUUCGGGCCGACAUCCCGCUGACUGACAUCCGCGCCAACAUUGGAAAGUACACCGACAGGCCGCUCCGCAUUUCAGCCUAUGCCCUGGAGAUCGAUCCUUCCGUUACCGGCUCGGAUGGCGAUGAACUCGUCCCCAUGACCCUGCAGCUUUCGUCCCUGGAGGCCCACCACAUCGGCGUCCCGGCUCUCUCGGUCAAGCUGCUCAAGCACCCCGAGGGCGAAAUCUCCAUCAUGCCCAUCACCGUCGCGGCUCCCAUCCACGGAAGCAGGCCGCAGCAGGAUGACAAGGAGUGCCAGGGCUGGCCCGUGCUGUGCAAGUGGCGUGCAAUGAUUUCCGACCGCAUCCAGAGCAUGAAGGGUGGUUUGGACAAGGUCAAGGGCGGCUGCAUGAAGGGCCGUCCCAACGGCGCUGCCGCCGCCGCCAGGCCCGAGGCCGACCAGGAGGAGCGCCCUCACCACCACCACCGCCCCCACCACGGCCCUCACGGCAUCAUGCGCCACCACCGCAGCAGCCCUCUGGCCCGUUUCUUCGCCACCAUCGGCCGCAUCAUGAUCCCCAUCGCCAUCGGCAUCUCCAUUGGCGCCUUUACCUACGCUCUGGGCUGGAUGCUGGGCUGCAUCAUCGCUUACACGUACGUCAAGCUCCAGCAGAGGCGUGGCAGAGGCUACACCGCUGUCGCCGCUGAUGAGGAGGAUGCUUUGACCAAGGAGGGCAUUCCCGCCGAGGCUCCCCCGGUCUACACCGAAAAGGAGGUCGUUGCUGAGGACGAGGGCAUCGAGGACCGCCAGCUGUAA